CUACUGUAGCAUUUGAUCCCUGAUUGUUUUAUAAGAAAAAAAUUGAAACUAUCUUGGUUUUAAAUUGAACAAAAUUUAAUAUACCUGGAUCAUCAACAAUAGUUGGACACUGGGGACAAAAUAAUUACCUAAAACAAUGCAGCAGUUGAGUACUACACCCGUUACACAUGUGAUUUUUGAUCUGGAUGGACUUUUACUUGACACAGAGUCAAUAUACCAACAUGGAAUGGAAGACAUAUUGCGAAAAUAUGGCAAAGUUUAUACUGACGAAGUUAAGCUUAAAGUGGUCGGUUCAAAAGAGCAAGAUACUUACAGGAUAUUGGUGGAGGAAUUAAACUUACCGGUUACUCCUGAUGAACUGGCUAAGGAAUGUUUUGCUUAUUUCAAAGAGGCUUUGGAAAGAGCAGAGUUAAAACCAGGAGCUGAAAAGCUACUUAGAUACUGCCACAAGAAAAAAAUACCAAUGGCUCUAGCAACAAGUAGUGGGAAAGAAACUUGCGCCCUCAAGUUGAAGAGGUACUCUGAACUAUGUUCGUUCUUCAGUCACAUGGUCCUGGGCAGUUCAGACAGAGAAGUGGUCAAUGGCAAACCUGCACCUGAUAUAUUCUACGUGACUGCCAGAAGAUUCUGUGACUCUCCCAAUCCAAAAAAGUGCUUAGUAUUUGAAGACUCGUACAAUGGUGUCUUGGCCGCCAAGGCAGCAGGAAUGCAAGUUGUUAUGGUUCCUGAAGGACUUGUAACUCCGGAAAAACAAAAAGAAGCUACUGUGGUACUUCAAACUUUAAACGAUUUUGUACCUGAAAUGUUUGGACUCCCUCGGUAUGAUGAUUGA